AUUCAUUUAUUUUCAAUGAGAAGAGUCUUAAUUUUUUUAUGAUCUUGGUUGAGAGACAACUGCGGUUGGAUGCCAUUCUCAGAAUUCCUUUAAUUCACGGUCAUCUGCCUCAAUUUCCUUCGAUCGUUGCCCAGUCCCUCAGCCAUGUUUCUGGUCAAGACAUGGAGAACCACCUCAUUUUCCAUCUAUGGGUAUCUAAACUUCACCAAAUCAGGGUUUUUGGAACAUUCAAAAAAAUUCAAACCUGAAGAUAUGGAGCAGCGAAUGGAAGCUAAAAACUGUGUGGUUACUGGUGCAAAUUCUGGCAUUGGUUUUGCAAUUACUGAGGGCCUUGCUUCACGUGGAGCAACUGUGUAUAUGGUGUGCCGGAAUAAGGAGAGGGGAGAAGCAGCGCUUUCUAAAAUCCAGUCAACAACUGGGAAUAAGAAUGUUUUCUUGGAAGUGUGUGACAUUUCAUCUGUUAGUGAUAUUAAAGCAUUUGCCUCCAGAUUUUGUUCAACAAAUUUGCCUAUUCAUGUCCUGGUAAAUAAUGCUGGACUUCUUGAGAACAAUAGAGUUACUACACCAGAAGGAUAUGAGCUAAAUUUUGCUGUGAACGUUCUUGGAACUUAUACCAUAACAGAGCUGAUGUUGCCACUCCUUGAGAAGGCUGCACCUGAUGCACGGGUGAUUACAGUUUCAUCUGGUGGAAUGUACACUUCCCCCUUAACGAAUGAUUUACAGUUUAGUGGAAACGUAUUCAACGGUGUUGAACAAUAUGCUCGUAAUAAGCGAGUGCAGGUUGCAUUGACAGAGAAAUGGUCUGAAAUGCAUAAACAAAAGGGUAUUGGCUUUUAUUCGAUGCACCCUGGAUGGGCAGAGACUCCUGGUGUUGCAAAUAGCCUCCCGACCUUCUCAAAAUCAUUUGAAGGGAAGCUCAGGACAAGCAAAGAAGGAGCAGAUACAGUAGUGUGGUUGGCCUUGCAGCCGAAAGAAAAAUUGGUUCCUGGAGCGUUUUAUUUUGACAGAGCUGAAGCACCC